CGGACAACUUGUUCGUCGAGAGCGCCUCUGGCCUCACAGAAGAAGAAGUGCGCAGCGCAAUGCGCACUUGGCUUAGUGUAGAGGACGAUGAAGAGGUCUUGAGGGAUGAGGUAGAACUCGAGAUGGAAGAGGUAACGGAGAACAUGUCAAACGUACACGUCGAGGAGGACGUGGCCAGUGAAGUGGAAGGCGAUCACGGUAGGCCAGUCGUGCAUGCAUCAACGAUUUCAGAGGGCGAGGUUCGCUCUCGUCCCGAAGAUGUCCGCUCGUAGUUGUACACACAUGGAAGAGACGGCGAGCACAGCGAAACGGCGUACCUUCUUUCGAAGACUGUGCAUUUGUUUACUCAUGAAACUCAGCUCAAGCGAAGAGCAAAGGGGGGGAGGGAGGUGCAGGCGACUUUUCGGGAUAUGUGGCGGGAGUAGUUUUUUGUUUCGAGAGCAAAGCACUUUUAUUGCCCACGUUCGUUGUUUGCCUUGGGUGAAGUCUCGUGAGGUUGAAUUUGGCGUUUGUGUUGUGUUGUGCCUCGUUUUGACCUUAUGGGAGGCGCGGUGUCCGCUUUGUCGCGUGCUCUCCCGACAUUUUUGGUCUCUGUGUUCCUGCGUAACCUACAUUUUCCUAGUGUCGUUUUACAACCUUCGAUAUUUCUCAGGUGCGGUAGCGAGAUCUUGGGCAAGAUAUUCACGGGGAGGACAACGCCUGAACAAUAAAAUAAAGCAAAUAAUUAAGCCCAUAUCAACACCAGCGCACUACCGUCGUGUACAUGUACGAUGCGUAGGUCGUAGAACACCAUCGCUUUCAGCGUUUUGGUGGUACAGCAGUGCGGGGAAAUUCAAACGAUGGUAUGCAAGUAUGUAUUGCAGCACAAUAGCAGCAGUGGUUGCGACCUUCAAAUCACCUUGUGUCGUAGGUUUCAAACAACACCUCUUGUGGUCGCCUUUCUGCUGCGAAUGCGCACCUUUUGACAUAUGUUUCGCCUUCAUCAUUGGCCCCGGGGAUGGUGCGUUAGUGGCCCCGGAAUUUUAAAGACACACUUUUUUUUGGGAAAACGUGGGGUGUCUUUCAAGCGGGGUCCACUUGACACGCAUGCAAAAGAUCCCUCAGUUACCUGGAUGGAUUGUGCGUGCUGCCAGGAGAUCCUCUUCGUACCCAAGCAGCAGCAAUUAUGACUCUGAGAGUAGCAGCAAGAAGGGCGACAGAGAGCGUGGACAGCAGUGGGCUGCUGUGGCAGUGGGUGCCAACAGCGGAGUUCUGGAGUGUGGAGUUGCGCCGCGCACUAAGGGGGUCCGUAGAAUCAUGCAAUACCGCAAGCGGGGGCAGCUCAAACGGUACUUCACUGCUCCGUUCAACACCACAGGGGGUGAGUGUGGAUAGCAGCGCCUUCCGAGGACAUAAUGUCGAGUAUCCGUGAAUCUCAGCCGGCGAGAACUAUGUAGUGCUUCCGGAAGGAACGAAUGAAGAGUAGUAUGUGAGGAGGCGUGGUGAUACUUUCAAACUCCAUGUGCAAGUGCAAAGACGUGGGUUGCCGAGUCAAACAAAGGCGAUGAGUUAGAGCCGGUGAAGCAGGUGCGGGAACAUCGGAUGUUCUUUCCUUCAGGAAGUGGAGCUGCCAGCAAUGCUGACGUCUUCUGUAACCGUGCAACCGCGUCCAAAAGACCAACUCUCGUUGAAGUUGGAUUAAACGCACACUCUUUAGUUGGAACCCAUAAUUGCUGGUUGCU